GGUCAAUAUGCGAAGGCUGUACAAUACCUAAAGAAGGCACUUUUGAUAACGAAAGAAACUGGACUCAAAGAAACGGAAAGCGCUUGUUAUAUAACACUAGGACAUGCUUAUACUUACCUUGGAGAAUAUGCCGAGGCUAAGGAGAAUAUUGAAAAAGCACUUAAAAUAAGUAAAGAAAUUGGGGACGUCGAAAAUCAGUACGCAUGCCAUAACAACCUUGCAUGGGUUAUGAUAUUUGAAGGAAACACAGAGGAGAGUAUUUCGAAUCUCUUUUCUAGCAUCCGAAACUGCGAGGACUUACGCAAUUUUUUAGGGGACCAUGACGCGCAUAAGGUGUCUCUUUUAGACAAACACUUUCCCCCCUACCAAGUUCUCAGUGAGUUGUUUUGUAAGAGAGGAGAUUAUGUUAAAGCGUUGUACGUUUUAGAGCUUGGACGAGCCAGGGCUUUGACAGAGUUAAUGUCAACUCAGUAUUUUGCCGGAAAGCAAAUUACAUUAGAUCCACAAUCAUGGAUGGGCAUUGAGGGGAUCAUCAAGAAAGGAAGUAACUUUACUUGUCUAUACAUUUCCUAUUUCGUGCUGGAUAUUUAUUUGUGGAUUCUGAAUUAGAAACAGUCAGUGCAUUUCCGACAUAUAAAAAGAAAUGAAACUGUUUCGACUAUCGGACCGGUGGGAAAUUUGAACGCCUUUCUAAGAAACCCACCCGUUAGAGGGGGUCAGAAGCUACUUCAAGGGCAUUGCGAGGAUCGAUCAAUGUUCCCUUUGGUCGCUUGCUCCUCGUCAUUUCAAGCUCAGGAAGAUAUAGUUGCAGCUCUCCGCCUUGUUGAAUUGGGUGAAGACGAUCAAGAACAAGAACCGAGACCAACUCUUGAGCUACUUUACAAGAUUUUCAUCGCUCCAGUGGCUGACCUUCUUGACGAGCCCGAAAUUCUCAUUGUUCCUGAUCGUUCCUUGUACAAAAUUCCAUUUGCAUCGUUAAAGGAUGAAAAUGGGAAGUAUCUUUCAGAGACUUUCAGGAUCCGCAUUGUUCCAUCUUUGACGACUCUGAAGCUCAUUCAGGAGAGAGCAGCAACCCAGUGUAAUGAUAGGGGUGUGUUGAUAGUGGGUGAUCCUGAUGUUAGCUGUGUGAGUGAGUUCUCUCAACUGUCUUUUGCAAGAAAGGAAGCGAAAAUGAUCGCCGAAUGGUUGGGUGUUCAACCUUUGUUAGGGUGUCAAGCAACAAAGCAGGCGGUACUUGAAGCGAUGCAUUCAGUAAGUUUGAUACAUUUUGCUGCACAUGGUGAUGCCGAAAGAGGAGAAAUUGUUCUUGCUCCAGUGCGACCUGUCAACAGGCCUUUGCAUAAAGACGAUUACGUGUUAACAACAGCUGAUGUUUCCGAAGUUAAACUUACGGCGAAACUAGUUGUCUUAAGCUGUUGUCACAGCGCACUUGGACACAUUAGAGCUGAGGGAGUGGUUGGAAUUGCCCGAGCGUUUUUAGGAUCCGGUGCACGCUCAGUGUUGGUGGCGUUGUGGGCCAUAGAAGACGAAGCAACAGAGCAGUUUAUGGGGCGUUUCUACGAGCACCUUGUGCGCGGUGAAAGUGCAAGUGAAUCUCUUCACCAGGCUAUGAAGUGGAUGCGAGAGAACGGCUUCCCUGAAGUGAGGCAGUGGGCGCCUUUUAUGCUGAUUGGAGACAACGUGACGUUUGAUUUCAGAAAGUAA